GUUUCUAGGAAGCGUCGGCCUAAGGUUGCUGGGGUGGACCAAUGAAAAAGGCGGCAAAGUCCGCAGCGUCAAAUGCUGGUACUUGUGAUAGGAUCAAUGUAACUGUUCGUUGUUCUUUGGGAGAGGUUUCUGAGGCAGUUGCUCUUCUUGAGACACAACCUAAAGAUAUUGUUCGUAAGGCUGGGUUUGGCUGUGUAUUUAACUGGGUUUUGAAGGCCAAUGUGUCGCGUCUUAUGAUGUGUCACUUGAUGAAGAAGAUUGACACGACCACGAUGCGCAUUGACUGUGGACCUAAUAAAGUUCUUGUAGUCAGCAGAGAAACCGUGCAUCAGGCUUUUGGGUUCCUGAUGGGUGAUGACACAGUUCCCAUGCCAGCUGAUAGUGGCCAUGACGAGUCAAUGGCUAGAUUUAAGGCAGAGUUUGGUUUCAACAAAGCUUCUGUUGUUGACACGAAAGACCCGAGGAAAGUGUUGAAGCAGCUUGUAGUCGAUGAGUCAAAGGACGCCCUUGUUGUAAAGGUUUUCUUUGCUAUCCUUUUUUCAAAGAUGAUAUGCCCAGGUCCCGCUGUCCGUGUAGGCAGGCAGGCGGCAAUGCUAGAUGGUAUUGUUUUUGAAGAUAUGGCAAUGAUGGAUUUUUGCCAGUUAGUAGUGGAUGAGUUAAAGCUUGCAGCUAUCAGAUGGCUAGAUCCAAAUAUCAUUCAAGCAGGUCCAGAAGGUUGUGGAGUAGUGCUAGUCCUUAUGUAUCUUGAUUGUUGCCUACUGAAGGGCAUGUGUGUGAUGCAUGUGCAGACUCUGCGUGCAAAUUUCCUGAUAGAGAAGGUGCUGAAUUCAAUUUUCUUGAAAGACAUUAUAAAGAAGGGUGGGAAAAUUUUGGAUGGCUAUGUUUUCGGAAAACUUGGGUGAGUUUCUCAACUUAAAUGUGUUCUUUUCUAUUUUUAGUAAUUGUCUUUUUAGUAAGUCUUCUUACGUGUAUAAAGUUUAGCUAACUUUACCUAUUAUGUGGAGCUAACUGCUAUCUCUCAAAAUGUUUUUCGCUAGAAGUUAACAUUAUUUUAACCCUUUUUUUUAAAUUAUGUAUGUACGUAACUACUUUGUUUUUAGUUUUUUACAAAUAUUUAACUGCUUGAAGUCUUGUUCUUAAAUUCUGCAGCUGACUUUUUUUUGUGUGUGCUGUUUUGUCUAAUUGAUGCAUUAUCUUCAUUUUUUUAAUACAAAGUACUCACUGGUUUUUGAUUUUUGUUUGUUUACAUGUGCUGAGUGGAAAUCCCGUAACCAGAUUGCAUAUAGCCAGCAAGUUUUACCUGGGCAAAGUCGUGAUCGCGACUUCCUGAUGUGCAUGUCCCUACCUGCGCUCCAAAACAACAUGCACAAGAUGAGGCUGGCUGUAGCCAGAAUGCAGAUAUAACCUUUAAAGUAAAAAAUCUAGUAACGCCAUGGAAGAUGAUGGUGUAUUCGAGAAGAUUGAUGACUCACUAUGGAAGGUGAAUGAGUUGGCUACUGAAGUUCCCACGACGUCUAAUCGUCUGGGCUGCAUUGCUGGCAUUUUCCCUGAAGCCCAUGGACCAAGAGAAGAACCAAUGAAGGAGGCUAUAGAGCAUGAUGUUGCUAUCAUUGAUAGUCUCCGGAGCGCGACAUCACACAUUCGCACCGCUUUUAAUCAUUUGAAGAAGAAACAAGAUGCGAUAUGCAAAGGCUUUGAAAAUGUUGCUCGUAUUAUUGUGAGUCAGAUUAGCAAGCAGAAGAAUGACGCGUCUGCCCCCGUACGUGGCAAUGAUUAUACUGGGCAAUGGGGUGAGGAGGUGAGGUUGUUGUUGAUGCGUCAAAUGACGAUGAAGAUGAGAAGCAAGAGCCCCCUGCUGAAUCUCCUCCGCAUGAUUUUAGUGAUGACGAUGUCAUUGAUGACGACCGGUUGGGUGGUGAUUCUGAUGGGGGUUGCAAGGGUGUUGAUGACAAUGUUGAUUAUAUGGAGGGAGUUUUUGCACCAGACUAGCUGUGACGCCCCCGAUUUGACUGUACACUAAUCAUACACGCAAAUGUGUACGAUCAAGAUCAGGGACUCACGGGAAGAUAUCACAACACAACUCUAGACACAAAUAAAACAAUACAAGAUUCAUAU